GAUAAUUAUAACAAGUGAAUGACAAUCGGGUUUUGCUUUGUAAACAAAAGAAAAGAAAAUUAAUUCGAUUACCGUAAAUACAAUUUUUUAAUAUACUCGAUAAGAACCAAAAGAGAAAAAAUGUUAAAACCAGAAUCUCACGAUAGUGCUACAAAAGUUGUGGAAGCACAAGUGAUUGCCGCAAUGCGAAAGCAAGGAUAUAAUUUGAACGCCGUGAAUUAUUAUGAUGAGAAUCUGUUGCACAUAAGUGCGGCAAACGGCUGUCUUGAGAUUGUGAAGGAAAUUCUGGACCAGAAGGAGGAGAAUCGCCGUGUCCUAGAUAGGAAGAACAAAUUUGGCUGGACCCCGCUAAUGCAAGCAAUUCGUAAUGGAAAUAUCGAUACUGUGAAGUUGCUCUUAGAAAGAAACGCCGAUGUUAAUCAAAUGACUUAUCUUGGUAUGUCUACCCUUGGAUUAGCCGCUGCGAUCAGUAAGGAGAUGUUUGAAACUGUUUACAACGCCUGUCCGGACGCAUUGGCAAACACAGUUAACGACGAUAUUACUCCGCUAUGUGUGGCUGCUAUGAAAAACGACAAGGAGUUAUUCCUAAGACUAUUGGAACUAGGCGUGCCGUCCUCGACUGCCAAUGGAUACACUCGCUUGAUGAUGAAACGUUCCACGGUACCGGAAAUAGCUACUUUGGUGAACGAAGAACUGGCCACGGAUGACUAUUGGAAUGAUACAUCGGAUAACAUUGAAGUGGUCGGCAGUACGGCGGAGGAUCAUUCUACUUUAAAUGAUGACAAGAGUAAAGGAAAAAAACUGAAACUGAACUUUUUAUCUGUAGCCACGGAAUCCGACAAACAAGCCAAAAUAUCACCAAACUUAACGUACAACAUGUUCGUGUUUCCAACAAUUCCUAAUUUUAAGAACAGUCUUACAGAGAAAUCGAACAUACUUACGCAAGAUGAAGAAAUAAACGAAAAGACAUCGGAAAAUAAUUUGGAAAAGUGUUCUGUGAUGAACGAGAAUCAGUCAGACGAGAAUCAUGCUGUUGUACUUCAAAGAUUACGAUCAACACGACCUACGGAUAUCAAUAUGAAUAAUCUUUCACACAAUUUUAACUGUACUCUCGGGUUUACGCCCGAGUUCAGUCCUGUCAAAUCGCCCCAUGUAUCUUCGGAUAUUAACGAGGAAAACGUGUUUGGUGAAAACACUCCGACACCACCGCGUUGCAAAACGCCUCCAAAGGGAAUGCUUCUGAACUGGCCGCAGACGGAAAUGAUAAUGGUACUGAAACGCUUUGGACUGAGCCGACACAUUCCUAUAUUUCUUGAACAGGAAGCAGUACAGCCUAAAUAUCCAAAGAGGAUAUUUUCCGGGAUUCAGCCUACGGGAAGCGUACAUUUAGGGAAUUAUUUUGGUGCCAUCCGGAGAUGGGUAGAGUUACAGAACUCCGGCGAGGCGGUUCUGUGCAGCAUAGUGGAUUUGCAUUCCAUUACCUUACCACAAAAUCCCCAAAGAUUGAGAGAGAAUAUUUUAUUAAUGACUGCGACACUGAUAGCAUGUGGGAUAGACGUCAAGAGGAGUAUCUUAUUCCAACAGUCCAAGGUACCAAUGCAUACUGAACUGUGUUGGGUCUUGUGCAGUAUCACAACCAUGGCAAGGCUGGCGCAUCUACCACAAUUCAAGGAAAAAAGUGAAUCCUUGAAGAAUGUUCCUUUAGGCUUGUAUAUCUAUCCUGUUCUGCAGGCAGCUGAUAUAUUAUUGUACAAAGCAACACAUGUUCCGGUUGGGCAAGAUCAAGCUCAACAUAUUCAAUUGGCGCAAGAUUUAGCACAGAUAUUUAACAGACAAUUCGGAAAAACAUUUCCAAUACCACAUACCCUUAUUAGUGAUAAUCCAAGUCAGAGAAUCAAGUCUCUACGUGAACCUAUGAAAAAAAUGUCAAAGUCACACACAAAUGCUAAGUCCAGGUUAGAUAUCUUGGAUGAGCCAGAUAUACUAUUGGAGAAAGUGAAAAAAGCUAUAACUGACUUUACAUCCGAAGUGACUUAUGAACCGGAAAGACGACCAGGAGUGACCAACUUGAUUGAUAUACAUUCUCUACUCACUGGAAAGACGCCAGAGGAAAUAUGUAAGGAAGCUGUAGGUUUGAAUACAGGACAGUAUAAAUUGGUAUUAGCGGAUGUAAUAAUAGAAAAAUUAUCUCCAAUUCGCAAGGAUGUAUUGAGAUUAAUUAGAGAACCCGCUUAUCUGGACGAGAUUUUAAAAGAAGGUGCAGAAAGAGCUACAGAGCUCGCGACGGACUGUUGGACAGAAGUUACAGAAAAAGUUUUUGGUAAUGAUAUGCAGGAUGUGAAAAAUAUAACGAAUACUGCAAAAGUUAUGUAGAAGAAUUAUUUAUUACUAAAUGAUAUUUGUAUAGAAUAUAAUUUUAUAUACAUUA